GUAGUGGUUGGUCCCCGGCCUGACGUAGAAUCUCACUUUCCCUCGCGAGCUCGAGGCUUACCGUACAAGGGGCUUUUGCCAUGUGAACUUAUAUUUUCACUUUAGUAAAUUAGCUAAGGAGGGAUCCUUGUGUACGACGACGUUGACGUGACCCUGAAGGUGUCUUCUAGCGUAGUUUUGGACAACAGCAGUGAUUUUUAUGGUCCACGGCGGCGACCCUCCGUGCUUCACACACGAGGCGGACUGUCAGGCAACCGGACUGCUUAGCACAUUGUCAUCGUGCGACGGAGAAUCACUGGUACAGUCAUACCCGCGAUGGAGUGUUAAAUAGAGCUCCGCAGUACUACGUGCACAGCCGGAUAUUAUUCAAGUUACGAGUUGCAUUUGUCCAGGCUUCUGGGUCCGCGCAUCUGUGAAGACGUCAGAUCCCGUUACCAACACUGAAACAACCGCUCAUCUUUCCUCACUCACAGGACUCCAAUUCCCUCCGUUGCUUUGAGAUGUCUACAACGGGGAAGAAGACGUCUUCUGAAGGGACGAAAGACGAUAAGACAAAGAGCAAGAAAUCUAAGAAGAAACUCCUGCCAUUCCUACGACGCCGACUGAGCGAGGGAAAUAUAUUCGUCAAAAGCUCUUCCUUCCCGAAAUUCAGUUCGGAGGAGAAGAAGCUGCAGCCUGAAAACAAGGACGCUGGCCGGGCUGCAGGGAACAGCUGCCGGGCUGCAGGGAACAGCUGCCGCGCUGCAGGGAACAGCUGCCGGGCUGCAGGGAACAGCUGUAGCGGCACUGAGCUGCAGAUAUGCGCCGUGACGACACAGGUAGAGGACCCCGCGGGCGGGCCUACAGUGACUACAGAAACUCAGGAAAAACCGACAACUGUAACCUCAGGGACAGACUCUGCUGUGGGUCCCCCCUCCCGUGGGGAACCAUGCACCAGCAAGGGCAGAUCUUCCAGCAGAGAGAUGACCCCCGGGAGGGGUCAGUCUCCGGACAGAGGGUCAUCUGCAAAACCGGGCCAGUGCCCAAACAAAGGACCAUCUCCAAAAAGUAGCCAAUCUCCAACCAGACUGUCAUCUCCAAAUAGAGCCCAGUCUCCAAGCAGAAAACCGUCUGAAAGCAGGGGCCAGUCUCCAACCAGAGGGUCUUCCCCCCGGAGGGGCCAGUCUCCAAACAAAGGACCAUCGACGAAAAGGGGCCAGUCCCCUCAUAGUGGACAAUCUCCAAAGAGGGGCCAGUCCCCAAGCAACAGAGUGCCAUCUCCCAAAAGGAACCAGUCUCCAAACAGAGGACCAUCCCUUAACCGGGGCCAGUCCCCAAACAGAGGACAAUCUCCCAAAAGGGUCCAUUCCCCGCGCAGAGGUCCGUCCCCUAAGAGAAGUCACUCCCAAGACAACCAACCAUCCCCCAAAAGGGGCCAGUCCCCAGACAGUAGUCCAUCCCGAUCCCCCAAGCGGUGUCAGUCUCCCAACCGGAGGCAAUCUCCAAAGAGGGGCCAGUCUCCGAGCAGAGGCCCGGCCUCUAACAGGACUCAGUCCCCCAAACGUAGCCCAUCCCCUAAGCGCAGCCAAUCGCCAGAUGGGCGAAAAACCCCAACAAGGGAUCAAACCCCUGAGAGAGGGCCAUUUCUAGUAAAUUCAAAGUCUCCAAGCAGUGGAUCUGCUCCUAUGAAUAACACUGACACCUCAGAAGUAACCGCAAACUUUAGAAACAAAGAGGUGAAAAUUCCUGACGUCCCAACCCUUAUGGAAAGCAAUAAACAGUUGAUGAUAUCGUGCUUUUCUGCUGAGCAGGGUUCUAGUCUAGAUGUUGUUCUCGAGCAGCCGGAAAUGGAACUAGAGGAAGCAUGCCAAGAUCUGACAACAACAGUGACAACUAUCAAUGAUCAACGGCCCCACCUACAGACGGUAUUAGACAAUCACAAAAGAAGUAACGCAGAACAAGUACUUGUAGCUGGUUCCAAAUCCCUGGAAAAUAGUUCCUAUGUAACAAUCGACUCUGCUGAGAAUGUCUCGCCGCUCAAAGACGGAAGGAAAUCCUCCUUGUCAAUUGAAGAAACCACGGCUUCUGGAUCAAGUGAUUCCCGACAGCCAUGUAGUGCUGAGAUAUUGAAAUCUUCCAAAAGAGACAACAGAGAACAUUUGAAAAUUAGUAACACUGAAAAGACAGACGACGCAACAGUCAGUAGGAAAACAGAGAAAAAAGUCUUAAUACAAAAUGGAGAGAAAAACAGCACGGGCAAUAAAAAGGAUACAUUUUCUACUCCUACUCUACAAGAAAGCACUAAACCCAGACACCGUCCUGAUCACGUGACGGAGCCGCAGGAUCCCGGAUGUACCCCUGGCCACGCGGCAACAGCUGUAACGGAUAACAGCCCAGGGCAUGCCGGGAGUGGCAACGUGGAGGCAGCCUGCACAGCCGGUGUGCGGGGCUUCCAGGACCGGAAAGAGUUCCUAAAAAAACAAGACGAACAUCAACCAGCUGAUCUUCACACGUCGGUGAAUCAUCAGCACACUGAAGGUCUGGCAUCAGCUAAACGCAUUGGGACAACACCUAUAACUGUGGGCAUAUCGGCGACCCAGCAGGGUGAAGCACUAAGGGACACGCGCCCGGAAAACCCUGCCGAGGGGGAAAGGCAACAGGUGGGGGUUCAGCUACAACAACGUAGGGGGAUCAUGGACGAUCCAACUGGUGAGAGUACCUGUAGUAGGGAUACUGUUUCUUCUGGUAGUGAAGCAUUAACAGCGAGCGCUACUGGAGUUUCUGACAGAAACGAACUAAGUCGUAGCGUGAUUAAUGUUGGAGAAAUACAGAGUACCGGGGAAUUGUCUGAGAGCAGUUAUUCGUGCGACGGACCCGGACAUGACAACACGCCAGCUGCCGCACAGCAACAAAUAAAAGGCAUUCAUCACAACAAAACCAUGGACGGUAGCGCCACACUACAUGACAAAAACAAUGGCGCACACUGGAAAAGUAGACAGGAAAGUGAUCAUGCGGCGACGUUGGGAACCCAAGAGGUUCCAAACAGCGAUGUCUACAGUACAGAAAGUCCAACUGUCGUUGAUGAGGGUGGUGAAUCUGCACAGGUUGUCUCCACUGCCGCCGUGGCUGGCUAUCACGAGAAUCCAACCAACAGCCUUGCGGAGGAAAUCAGGCUGGCAGGGGCAGACGAUGUAGGCCCAAAAUCACCAACAGAAUCGGAGACAUUUUCCCAAACAGACGAGCAAACAGAAAACUAUCUGUCCACUCGGAAUACCACGUCAAGCCUCGAUCACAGCCAGUUAGGAAACCCAGACAAUGGAGGUCCUGUAAAGCAUCCCGCUCGAGGCAAGAAAUCCUCCAUCCCCCGUAGAGAGAGUACGGAUAGCGAGAAGGAAGAGACUGGGAACACCAGGAGAGACAGGCCUCCUCUAAAUGGCAACGGAGGGAGGAAAGCCAACUCUAAAACGGCGAAGUCAAAAAUGUCGUCAAAAACACUGAGUAUGACUCCUUCAGGUGGCUCCAAAGCUGGAAUGAUGUCGGGAAAACGUAUUUCCCGCAGCACCACGUCUCUGCCUGACGGGCAGCAGAGCAACUCUCCCGGGCAGAGAGGCGCACAGCUCCCGUCAGUGGAGGAGGCGGCCAGGCUAGCAGACAGCGCAGAAAAGAACAUGACCUGGCCGAAACAGAAAAAGACGACCAAGGAGGACAAGAAGGAAGAACUAAACAACUUCAGGAGGACGUCUUCUCUUAGACUGCCGACUAAGGAGAAGACGUCCUUUAAGCGGUCCGUGAGCUUCCGGCUCACCGAGAGGUCCGAGUCUAUGUCCAGCCUGGGCAGCGAGGCAAGCCUCGGUAGCAAGUCUGACCAGCCCGUGUCAGCAGCAGUGGCGGCGACCCGUGAGUCUGUACGGAAGGAGUGGGAGAGACGGCUCCACCCGCACUGCCCCGUACCCGCACCAGAACCGGACAAGAACCGGACAAGUAGUACAGAGAAUUACUGCAGCUCGUGUUUCCCUCCCCAGGUGCGGUGUCUGGAGGCUGAGCUCGCCCAGCACAGAGAGGCGGCGCUGAGUGCCCAGGAUGAGGUCAGUGAUGAGGAGUACCAGCGGCUGGAGGCGCAGACGGAGCUGGAGGAAGUCAGGGGGCAGAUGGAAGCCGCCAAGCGGAAAGCAACGGAACUUCAAGUCGCAGUUGACGCCAGGGAAACGCUCUGUGCAGAGCUGCACAAGAAACUGAACCAGCUCCAGGCGGACCUGAAGAAGCGAGACCAGGAGACGCAGCGCCGCUUCCUGGAGAUGUACGAGAAGGGGCGAGCCGCCGAGCAGUUCGAGCAGAGUGAGAACCUGCUGUGUGAUGCCAUGACAGCACCUGCACAGGCGGGGCCUGCCAAGCCACGCCCACAGCGCGCCCCCUCCCCCCGCCCCGCCCGGCGCCAGCAUUCCUCCCUGCCACACGGACAAGUGAACGUGAACGCCCUCCUGCGGCGGAUCAAACAGCUGGAGGAACAGCUGAUCCAGGCACGUGGUGACCAGCGCAGUGAGAGCUACAGGAAAGGGGAGAAGGCCGAGUCUGAUGUACAGGUGAAACUACGUGUGCUGCGGGACGCGGUGUUCUACUAUCUGGUUGAGCGGGAGCGCGAGCAGAACCUGCAGAUGAUUCUGGAAAUCUGUAAUUAUAACGACAAACAGAAGAAGAUGAUCAUCAAGACUCUCAAACAGAAAGAUUGAUCUAGGCUGUAGUUUCAGGAUAGCCUGCUAGGGGGCACUGUAGCUUGAAUCAUCAACUGAUUUUUAAAAAGAAUAGGAUAUGUUACCUUUUCUGAUGAUGCCAGGUCGCAUUAAUGGGCCAAAAAUGUCUGAAACAACAUACGUGUAACUGCAUAGGUUUAGCUAAGAUGUUUAUUACAUGACUUUGUCACUUUAUGACCCCAGCGAAUCUCCUUUCUUGCUCGUACUUCUUCCGGAACGCACUAGAAUUUGUAAUCACACAAUGUUUGUGCCAUAAGAGAUAAGAAAUGGCAGACAUAUGGAAAACCUACAUGUUCAGUCCAUUGUCAUUGACAAAAAUUGUGUACAAUGAUGAAUACAAAGUACCGUCUUGUAUUGCUAAAGCAUACAAUUUCCUGAAAAGCUGAGUUGCGAUGUUAAAGGUGUUCCCAAUCUUGAGAACACUUCAGAGAACUGUACAAAGUGAGAAUCAGUGUGAAAUACUCGAUAGGGUGGUUUGUAGAAGUGAAUUCUCAAGAUAAGGUGCAACUUACCACGCCACAGAGAGGAAGUAAGGAAGGUUUGCCUUCGUAUCAGCUAUGUGAGACUGAUGCAAUGGGACCCUUGUAUAGGGUAAUGUACAUUUGUAGACACAAUUUUCGUGGGACAACGAAUUUUGGCCAUGUGACAAUGCAGUCACACAAAAGCAACAGGUAUGGCACGAAUAAUCGAAUAAGGUGGGCAUUUCUAGCUUGUGCAGCAAGAAUUGCAGCCCGGGCAUGGCAAGACUUUCCAGUGGGAACAUCUAGCACGUAUAGCAAGGAAGGGGUUUCAUGCAUAUGGGAGUGCCUUUCGUCAGGUAUAGUGUCUUUACCUCUAGACUUUCCAUUACGCAAAUAUCUGUAGUUGUUUUGGUGUGGAGUUUCAAUAAAGCUUAUCAAAU